AUGUCGUCACCCUCGCCAUGGCAGGUUAUGACGGCAAUAUCCGCCGUCGCGGGCUACGUCGCGACAACCGCCUUCCACCCGCAGUGGUCCACGGCGUCCUUUGUCAGCUACUUUGUGGGCAGCUGGGUCGUGAGCUUUUUCGGCUGGGCGUUCUGGAAGGUGAUCCUAUGGCCCAAGGUCUUCUCGCCCCUUCGCGACCUGCCGGAACCUAAGAACCUGUCUUGGUACAACGGGCAGUGGGCAAAGAUCAAAGCUCUCCCCAACGGCUCCCCUAUGCAAGAAUGGGCCGCCACUGUACCACACAACGGCGUGAUCCGCUACCUGGGCCUCCUCAACCAGGAGCGUCUCCUGGUCAUCUCGCCCAAGGCGCUGGCCGAGGUCCUCGUGACCAAGAAUUACGAAUUCUGCAAGCCCUCCUCGGUGCGCUUCGCCCUGUCUCGCGUCCUGGGUUUCGGCAUUCUCAUGGCCGAGGGCGACGAGCACAAGACGCAACGGCGCAACCUCAUGCCGGCCUUUGCGUUUCGCCACAUCAAGGACCUGUAUCCAAUCUUUUGGGCCAAAUCCCGCGAGGGUGUGCAUGCUAUGGCGCGGCAGAUCGAGCUCGACGCCGCACAAGAUCCUUCUUCGUCCAAGGCAGGCUUCCUCGAGAUCUCAAGCUGGGCAUCCCGCAUCACACUCGACAUCAUCGGCGUUGCAGGCCUAGGCCGAGACUUCGGCGCCAUAGCAGACCCGACCAGCCCGCUCUUUCAGACAUACAAGACGGUGUUCAAGCCCUCCCGCGGGGCGCAGCUGCUCAACAUGUUGGGGCUCCUCCUCCCGUCGUGGGUGGUGAGCCGGAUUCCCGUCCAGCGCAACUCGGACAUGCGCGGCGCGAGCAUCACGAUCCGGCGGACGUGCGCGGAGCUGAUUCGCGAGAAGAAGGAGAGGAUGGCACGCGAAAAGGAGCGGGCGGAUGUGGACAUCCUGAGCGUGGCGCUCGAGAGCGGCGGGUUCACGGAUGAGAAUCUGGUUGACCAGCUCAUGACGUUUCUGGCCGCGGGCCACGAGACUACGGCGAGCAGCACGACGUGGGCCAUCUACCUGUUGUGCCGGUACCCAGAGGUUCAGGCGAGGCUGCGGCGCGAGGUGAGAGAGCGGUUACCGGGCGUGGACGGUGGCGAUGCCGCUGCGACCAUCUCGAGCCUGGACGUCGACCGCAUGCCAUACCUCAACGCGGUGUGCUCCGAGGUGCUGCGGUACUACGCCCCCGUGCCUAUGACAUUUCGCGAGGCAGCGGUGGACACGACGAUCCAGGGGCAUCCCGUGCCCAAGGGAACGAGGAUUGUGCUGAGCGCCAGCGCGGUCAACAAGGAACUGGCACUGUGGGGCCCAGACGCGCGGCAGUUCAACCCAGACCGGUGGCUGCCCAAGUACGACGGCGACAAGGGCGCCGCGGCAGGGGGCGCGACGAGCAACUAUGCCUUCAUGACGUUUCUGCACGGCCCGAGGAGUUGCAUCGGGUCGAGCUUCGCCAGGGCCGAGUUCGCGUGCUUGCUCGCGGCGCUGGUGGGCAAGAUGGAGUUUGAGCUGAGGUACCCCGAGGAUGGCGACGAGGACAAGCUCGAGAUCAAGUCUGGAGUGACAUCGAGACCGGCCAAGGGAAUGCAUGUGAAGGUGAGGGUACUGGAUGGAUGGUGAUGGACGGUUAUGGGCGGUGAUGGUGGCGGUUGGCGAUAGAAGCAGGGUAAUGGAUGAAUGGCCUUAACACCCAGAAUCAGUAGUAAUUAUUUAACACCCGGCAGAAAUAAUGAACCUCGUCAUGGCGUG